AAAAAUCAAAGUAAGAAAAAGAGAAUGGAACAAAAUAGAAGAUAAGAUAAAAAAAAAGAGGUAAAGGCACUUGGCCGCGCGUGCCGACGUAUACCACCACUGUACUCUUCUACUCUCUUUAUCUACCUUGUUCCUCCCAACUCCCCCAAUCUCGUAUUUUUCAAACGACGCUGGAGGCCUCAUCGCUUCACCGACCUCAACCCACCAUCGUCCACAAACUAACAUCGACAAACUAAAAAAUACAUACAUAUACACUAUAUAAUUUCAAACCACGUUAUAUUCUCAUAUUCUGCAUACAAAGCUAAAAAAAAAACCCGUUCGCGCAACACGGAAGGCGACACACACGCGUCUAGAUUGCCAACUUGGUUUUUCAUAUUUUUUUCUUUUUAUUCUCCUUUUAUCUUUGCCAUUCGCAAUUUAUUUAAAAAAAAAGUUGAUGUUUUUUUUUUUUAUUUAUUUUUUUUCCAUCUCUAUUUCCAUUAUUUUUUUCCCUCCUCAAUUUCGCGUGAUUCCCAUCGUCUUAGCGUUCAUUUUGGGUCAUAUAGUCGAGGGAGGGAGGGAUAGAGCGUGCGAAGCGACGACAAGAACGAGUUGGCCGGAGGCAAGGGCGCGCGUGAGCGUGAACGUAAGCCUUCUUUUUCCCCCUCAGUUCCCCCUAAUUUAUCCCCCCACCCCCCGGUUGACUAACAUAAACCUCGGCCUUUUCUCUUCUUCUUCUUUUUCUUUUUAUACCCCCCUGCCACCCACUUUAAGUCUGUAUGGCAUUCUCUUUGCCAAGCUGCCGCCACCGCCACCGCCGUAUUUCUACUGCUCCUGCUUCAGCAACCGUGGCGCGUUAUAGCCCCGCUCAUCUCUCUUCUCUUCUCUUGUUCAUCGUUCUCACUUUGCGGCCACUCUUGCCACCCCACGGCCUCUGCACUAUUCACCGCUGUUCUACACUGUUCUACUCUCUGUAUGUCGACGUGCUCGACUCGACGACCCUCCCUUCCACCCACUCACCCACCCAUCGUCUCUAUAUAGCUAUAUAGCUCUGCAAUCCAACCACCGCAACUCGUUGUGAUCUUUCUUCUUCUUUUUCUUUUUCUUGUUCUUCUCUUAUCUUGCUUUAUCCCCCACAUAUAGCACGUAUUGUCUCGAUCACUCGAUGCGGUCGCGCGCUCUUCACAAAAACCACUCUCUAUCUUUAUCUUUAUCUUUCUUUUUUCUUGCUCACACACUUGACAGUCUGUUGGACUGGUCUAUGUAUAUAGCUAUAUGCUAUAUGCUAUAUACUUUAUGCAUGCGCACUUCUCUGUUGCCCUUACACUUGCGCUCCCCUAUCGUCUCCCUCUUCGCGACCCCACGCGUCACCCCGCGUACUCUUCACACCCCCACCCGGAGAUCUGCAACGACGAGCAACGAGCGCAAGCCAUACACUGCCUCGCAGUCCGUCAUCGGCUUUCAUACGUUACGGCAAUACAAAUACUGAUUUUUACGACUAAACGUCGUUACAACUAUAUGUUUAUAUUACGAUUCAACUUGUUCUUGAAUUAUUAAAAAAAUUUAUUAUUCACGAAAAAUAUUUUAAAAUAAUAAACUAAAAUUAAUAAUACAGUGGACUUGUAAAAUAAAUAAAUAAAUAAAUAAUACAAUUGUUGUGAUUGAGAAAUCUGCUACGGAAAUUUUCAUACGAAAGAAAAUUUUUAAUUGUUAUUUAUUUAUCUGUGAAAAUUGUGAACUGUGGAACAAAGACGUUUAAUUUAUCAAUUGAUUUGUUUGUUUAUUUAUAUUAUUUUUUUUUUUUUCAAUAUAAUUUGAUAAGUGCACUUGGUACACUUGGCUGGUGGUCUGAGGAUAUAUUGCAUGAUAAAAACAAACUUGGAUUUGACACUUUGAACUCAUCUGUUGGUAUAUAUAAUUUCACAUUUCAUCAUCAAGUGUUUUUGACUUUGUUAUAUAUAUUUAUUUUUUUUUAUCAACUUGACUCUCCAGAGUGACAAGUGGUCUUGUUGGUGCGCGUGUUUAAAAUACCACGUGGUAAGAGCGUUGCGCCUUGAUUUAACAAAUCAAGUUUAUAUUCUACUCGAAUAUUGCACCACAAACUUAUAUAUAUCUAUCAAAACAACAUUGAUAAUAAAUACAUAAACUUGAGAAAGAAAAAAAAAAAAAAUAGAUAAUAUACAUGUUUAAACUGGUUUGAAUGUUUCAUCAAAUACAAUAAGAUAAAAGAAAACAUUUACUAUAAAUUAAUUUUAAAAACAAAUUAAACGAAAAAUAAAAAAAAUAAAUAAAUAUAUAAUGUGUGUAUAAAAAGGGUAAUUAUUCUUCGACAAGAAUAAUAACAUAACUGGGCCUGGACGCAAUGCUGAGUGCCUUGGCCAUAAUAUACAAGUUCACAAAAAGGGUGAAAAAGUGUACAACGUGUUACUCAGGGUCCGUAAGGACCUUAUAAAAGGAUGACUGCUCGUUUACACUCACUUAGACACCAAGAAAAAAAACCAACGGUUAAUAUAACUCGUCAAAGUCAACAACAAACACAACCACAACAGCAUCAAGUAGUUGCAACAUCACAGGGACCGAGUCCGGCCCCGAGUCCUAGUCCAAGUCCAAGUCCAAGUCCAAAGCAUUCGGACGGACGUAGAGCAAACAAACCACUGAUGGAAAAACGAAGACGAGCUAGAAUAAACCAGUCACUGGCAGCGUUAAAAACGCUGAUACUAGACAGUGCACGUCUGGAAAAUACAAAGCACAGUAAAUUAGAGAAGGCUGAUAUAUUGGAGCUUACUGUGCGACAUCUGCAACGACAACGAUCUCUAGCACAGCCUGGUUUAUCUAGGUACAAAGCUGGAUAUCAAGAUUGUUCACGAGAGGUGAGCCGUUAUCUCGAUGCACCAGAUAUAAUAACAGGCAACACAUCACCAAUGGAUCCAGCAGUAAAACAACGUUUACUUCGUCAUUUAGACAGUUGUGUAUCUGAAUUAGAUUUAGACUUGGGUUCAAGACCAGACAGUGGAUUAGGCAGUAGUCCAGGCAGUGUAACUGAUCGUGUACCAGGUGCAGUUAGUCCAAAUCCUUCAGAUCAUCAUCAAACAACACCAAUUGUUGUUGUAGCACCACCACCACCACCGCCACCACCUACAUCAUCAUCGACAACUCAUUGUCCUCCAACAGUCUCAGUUACAACAUCAACAUUAGCAACAACAACAGCAGCAUCAGCAGGUACAGCAGCAACAAUUGUCAUUAAUUCAGGAAUAAUAAAAUCUGAAAUAACAGAAAUGGAUACAACACGUCCAGACAGUAGUACAACAACUGGUGAUGAAAAUAAUAAUAAUAAUAAUAAUAGUCGGCCAACAUCAGCAUUCAGUCAAGUAAAUCAAGCUACAAUUGAUUCAAAUCAUACUGGUAAUAUGAAUAUUGAUCAGGCAUCAACAUCAGGACAAAAUCCAAAUAUGUUAUCAGUUGUACAAGUUAUACCAUCAAGAUUACCAGAUGGACAAGUUGUAUUUUUAUUACCAAGUCAUUAUGUACAGCUAGCUGCUGCUGCUGCUGCAAAUGGUAUAAGUAUUGGUCCAAAUCCACCAACAGCAAUAUGGGCAGCAACAAAUAUGUCAUUAUUAAAAGCAACUGAUAAACUUGUUAAAAGACCACAUGAUGAUUCAUCACAAGAAUGGACAAACGAUAAUCCAAAACCAUCAAAAAGUCCAAGAAUUGAAAUACAACAAUCACCACCACAACAACCACCACAACAACAACAACAAGUACAACAAAUACAGACUGAACAACCACUUGAUUUUACAACACAUUCAAAAAAAACAAUUCCAUCAACAACUAAUAAUAACAACAUUAAUUUUAAUAAUAUUAACAAUAAUAUAAAUACUAUAAAUAAUAAUAAUAAUGUUACAACAAGAGUUAUUGAAUUAGAAACAAAUGAUGUUGUGCCAAUUGAAACAACAAUUAUUUGUGAAGAUAGACCAGUUAGUCAUUCGACAAUUGGCAAUCAUAUGCCAACAUCAGCACCUAUUCAAAUUCAACAAAAUGUCAAAGACGAUGAAAAUAUGUGGAGACCUUGGUAAAAUAAUAACAACAACAACAACAAUUGUUAAUAUACAAAUUAUUAUUGUUUUAUUAUUAUAUUUUUUCAAAAUCUUGAUGGAACAAAUUAUUAUUAUUAUUAUAAAUAAACUUUUAAAAAAAACCAGUGAUGAUUUUAUUGUUAAAUUUUAAGUGUAUGAUACUCUGAGAGAAUGCGCCAUAUAUAUAUUG